AUGGCAACACUUGCUCCUGGAAUCGUGUUGAAGCUCCUGAACGGUCUGAACACGGGCGUGAAACCAACGAGCGAGCACCGGAGCUCACUCUUGCAGGUCACCGAUAUAGUCCCCGCGGAUCUUGACGAGAAGAAUUUGAUCCCCAAACAGGGCUUCUACAUCAAGGUUUCCGAUUCCUCUCACUCUAUCUACGCCAGUCUUCCCUCUGAUCAAGACGACGUCGUUCUCAGCAACAAGAUGCAGCUCGGCCAAUUCAUCUACGUCGAUUGCUUGGAACCGGGUUCGCCCGUUCCUGUUCUGCGUGGCGCCAAGCCCCUCCCUGGAAGACACCCUCUGGUGGGCACGCCCGAGCCCUUGAUGGGCCUCAGGGCCCAAAAGUCCAGUUCUGUUCCCAGAAGAGGGUCUUGGGGAAAUAAUGGUGGUGGUGGUGAUGGGGUUUCGGUUUCUUCGCCAAUGGUGUUCAAACCGGUGAAUCUGGACUUUGACCAAUGUACCCCUGUGAAAGCGAGAAAUGGGGGUUUUCAACAAGUGGCAAUGUCGUCACCUAUGAUUAGAGGGAAGGUUGGGAGAGAUGGGACUCCUGUUUCUGCUGUGAGGUCCUCUGUUGGUGGAGGGCUUCUUGCGAAGAUGAGUGAUGCGAAAGGGGAAAGUCCUGCGAUGAUGAGGAAAAGCUGCGUGGUUGUUUCUUCCAAUGGGAAGUUUGGCAGGAGCAGGAGUGUUUCUGAACGAGAGCAUAGAGUCCCUACUAACCCCUUCAAGUCAGCUGAGAAGAAAAGUGGGACUCCACCACCGCAGUUGAGGAAUGCAAGAGUGGGCUCUCAGGAUGGCAAUGGUCAAAAUCACAACCUGGACUCAAAUAUCACUUCUCAACCCCAAUCUCAGUCUUCAACUAAUUCAGCUUUUGAUAAUUGCAAUAAUCUUAGCCUCCCCGUGAAUUUACCAGGAAAGCUUAGCUCGCUGGGGAAGGAAGCUGUGCAGCAGAGAGAAGUGGCUCAGAAGAUUGCCCUUCAAGCUUUAAGAGAUGCUUCAGCUACUGAGACAGUAGUUCGGUCCCUCAAGAUGUUCUCAAAUUUAAGCAAGUCAGCUCGAACUGAUGCUCCUGCGGCUUGUUUUGAACGGUUUUUGGAAUUCCAUAGCGAGAUUGUGCAAGCAGUUAAUGAAAUGGUGUCCAUACAAGCUGCUACUUCAGCUUCAGAGUUGUCUCAGAAAUCAGAGAAGCAAGAACCGCAGGUUUUGCAUGAAGUCAUAGAAAAUUAUGACCAAUCUGGGAACAAUGAAUCAAACUUGUCCAAAAGAAGGGGCGCUCUGUACAAGUCAAUGGCAGCCAUUCCUGAAAAGCAUGAGCAAAAGGCAAACAUGGGGAGGCUCCUAAGAUCCAGUACUAACCAAAAGGAGAUUUUGGAGAAGAAAGGUUCUACCCCGCUUACAAAAAUGCCUCUGGAACCUAUUGUUGAAAAUGAUGAGAAUAAGAAACCAGGGGGAUCAUGCAGCAGCUUAAGCAAUACAAUUAAACUGGGAAAGCAGAUUGAAACAGAAGCUGGAAAUUGGUUCAUGGAGUUCAUUGAGAAGGCCAUGGAAACGGGUUUGAAGAAAACAAAGGAUGCAUCAGAUGGGGAUGUCAGGAAAGUUCCUCAAUCUCUCCUACUGAAAGUUAUGAAUUGGGUGGAGGUAGAACAGUACCAUAGUAACAAGAGGCCAAGUCAUCCUAAAGCGGCACAAAUUGCUCGAAAGUUGAGAAUAAAGAUGAAAAAUCCUUGA